AUGUCGCACAACUUAGAAGAACAAAAGCUGUACCGUUGUGCCUUAUGCGGCGUGACAUUCACGAAAAAGUUUAACCUGUUAUGUCAUGAAAAAAGGCACACAGGGGAGAAACCUUAUAAAUGUGAAAUAUGUGCAGCCACUUUCCCCCGGAAAGGGAGUCUGCAGCGGCAUCUUCGGAUACACACCGGAGAAAAGCUGCACAGCUGCAUGUUCUGCGAUAAAACGUUUGCUUACAAAAGUAGCCUCGUACAGCAUUACAAGUGGCAUGCUGGGGAAAAACCCUAUGAAUGCAACGACUGCGGCAAAACGUUUACCAGAAAGAACACUCUGAUUCAGCACAUCCCUUUACACACUGGAGAGAAACCCUUCAAGUGUAACUACUGUGACAGUGUAUUUUCCCGAAAGGUUAGACUACUCCAUCACAUAUGGCAACACAAUGGAGACUGGCCUUUUAAGUGCAGUUAUUGCAACAAGGGAUUUCCCGACAGAAAUGCUUUGGACACUCAUCAAAGAAUCCAUACAGGAGAGAGACCCUACAAAUGCAACAAGUGUAACAAAGGGUACACAUCCAAGAGUAACCUGGGUCGGCAUCUGAGGUGUCAUAACUAUUCUCAAGAGGAACAUGCAGCCUCCUCAUCCUCUCCGAUUCCAGCGGAGAACAAUUCGACUCGCAGGAAAGACGAGAAAUUGAUGUGCCACAUUCGCCCACACCAAUUUGCCUUCCCACGUGAGCUGGCUAAUCACAUGAAGAGUCACACGCAAGGGGAACGUUUUGGGGCCGAAAUGUGUGAAAAGACGUCAGUGAUCCCAGGCAAUGAAGAUGCAACCGAUUCACAAACAACAGGCGAGGAUGACCGGCUUACUGAACAACUACGUUCGUCGACAAUCCUCAAGGAAGACCAUGCUUUAGAAUGCAAGAUGAAACGGCUUUCCGUUGCUCCUAGCGAUAAGAACGCGGCGGACACCAGCAGACACCAACGCAAGACCACUUCACAGAGAAAUCCGUCCAGACAGCAAUCGCAGAGCCACAUUUCCAGCACAACGCCGCCUCUCAGGCAUCAAGGCCCGCCCCCUUCCAACCAGAAGGCCAAGGAAGUCACAGGCGCAGAGGAAAGAGGCGAGUUGGGGCACCACAGGAAACCCAGAGAUAUGCAAAGGCCUGCCCGUCGCAGCAGGGAUACCCUCGCGGAGCAUGCAUCAAGGACACAGGAAACCCUUGUCCUCGAUGUCAGAACCGACUGCCUGACGAAAGCAGAGUGCGACCGAAUCCUCUUUUCCUCGGGCACCGUGCGUGUCAGAAGUCCCUCGCCGUGUGAGAACUGCGCAUUCACAACAAGAAAUGAACACCUGUCUUUCGACACGGACAGGGAAAAUACCGACGGGGAAACAGACCAAACACUGAACAAUUUAGCGAACAUAGAUGACGUUCAAAGGCUGGGAAACAAUGCAAUUAUGCAAACGGGGUCUUCCAGUACCACAGAAGCAAAACAUGGAAGCUAUAUGGGACUUUAUUUCUUAGCUGAAAUGCUUUAUGUGCGAAGGAAUCCUGAACCUGUCCAAAGAAAGCUUGUGGAAAAUAGUUCUUCAGGGAAGCAACAUCCACCCAAAAGGCUCGGAAAAGGUGGUAAGGGAAAGCCUAAAGGUGUGGGGCGUGCCUUAAAAACAGGGGCUGCCAAUGAAAAGUUAGCAGAACUGGAAGAACUGGAUACCCGGCUUAAGUGGAAUUGUCAGGGAUUUCAUGCAGAAUGGGAGGAAAAGCAGCUACUGAUAGCUUCAUUUGCCUCAUCCAUUUCUACUCUGGGGAGAAUUCAGUGUAUCACCUCUGGGAAGACACUUGUGCAACCCAACUUGGAGUCCUAG